AUGUCCGUUGCCGGCGACGGGCAGGUGGGCGCCUGGGCUUACCUGCUGCUCUCGGGGGCUUCUUGGGCGCCCUCCUGCGGCAGUGACCAGCCUCGUGUCCUUGAGUCCUUGUGUCCCGAAGAACGAACGACGAACAUGCUGGACUACUUCCGACACCGGCGCUGGUCCCACGUGGAUUUCGCGUCGCCGAGGAUCACGGACAACCUCGCCACCUCUACCUUCAGGACCACUCCGCACGUCGCCGACGCGUCCGCGUCCGUCUCCACCUCCACCACCGCCCCCGCUUCUAUUUCCACUUCAACUUCCACCUCCACUUUUGCGCCCGCUUGCACUUCCACUACCACUUCCACUUCCACUUCCACUUCCACUUCCAUUUCCACUUCCAUAUCCACUAACCACAUCCCUAACGCGAGUUCGCCCACUACUCCUGCUCCCACUGCCCUUCCCAGCGCCAACGCUUCCCUCUCCUCCUUACCCUCGAAGCCCCUUCACAAGGCCACUACAAUCAUCACCACCACCACCGCCGUCGGGUCCAGCUCCGGCACCGUCACCACCAUCAUCAUCACCGCCACCACCACACAUCCCCUGACUGCUGCCACCGCCACAAGCACGUCCACGACAUGUCCGAUCAUCACACGCCACAUCAAGACCACCAUAAUUCCCAAAAUAGCCACAGACCCGAUUCCCACGACCACAGCAUCGGCCACAGCAUCGGCCACAACAUCAGCCACAUCAACAAGUUCCCUCAACACCAGAGUCACGUCCCUUUCCGUAGCCACACGCCCUGCCACGCGUGCCAAUAACACAGACACGUCCCUUGCCACGUACUCUAGUCCCGCAUCCAAAUCACCCGCCAUGCACCUUCCUACUACGGCUUCACGCUCUGCCGCCAUAUUUCCUCCCCCCGCAUCUCCUCUCCCGUCUUCAGGGAUGGCAGAAGCGUUUCCCAGUGCCAGUGACACGCUUUCGCCCUCUGUCACGACCGGAGCCAAAGCUAUAGGUCCUGGCAUCACGGCGCCAUGUUCCACUACGCCGGCCACUCAGAAUGGCACCAGGAGCAAAACUGUGACAGCUAUUUCCAUACCGACUGUCACUACUACAAGACUACCAUCUUACCCAAGCACGAUUUUUCGGCCAAAUAACGCAACAUUAAGCCUGACCACAAAUUAUCACAACACCACUACCAGUAACUCGCAUCCGGGGAUCACUGCCACGGUCCCUGGCACUGACACGACUCGCCCUGGUGCCAUCACCACUCACUGCGACACAAAAACCGUGCCAGUUCCUGCGUGCGAGGCCGGCGCCGGGUCCCCGCUCUCCAUCGCCGUCUGCCAAAGCACCGCCGACACUCCCGUGAGGGCUGCUCCACGCCCUUGGACCUCCAUCAUCUGCCAGGGCACGCCCGCCGGUCGCAGAACUGCCGGUACCUGUGGCAGUGCUACGACCGUAUGCCAGGCCGUCACUAUGCCCCCUGCCACUACCACCGUCACUACCACCUUCAGCCAGAUCGGUCCUAACACACUGAGUGGUAUGGCGAAGGCGUACCCAACUGCUGUCACGUCUCCUUUGUCAAGUAAGGUCGGUAAAACUGUCACGAAUCCGACUAAAUCUCUUUGGCCAACAGUCACCGCAACUCCUGCUACGAGCUCAAGUCUCAUUGUUACUGGUCCAGCGACUUCUCUAUGCCCGAGGACCCAUGCCAUGACCUCAGCUCCUUCCGGGCACCAGAGUGCCACGAACGCAAGUUCAGCUCGCUCUCCAACUACCUCCGUGUAUCCUCGGGAGAGUGCCGCUGGGACAGUGCCUGCUACACGCACUUGCGCCAUAGAUACGUGUUUGCUCACCACGUCCGCAAGUCAUGAUGCUAAAAAUGCACGUGCAUACAUCACCACCGAUACCACAUCAUUAGGUGCAUCAGCCACCAUAGAUGCCACAUGCCAUGCCACCACAACAUCACCUGCUACCAUUGCCACAUCCCCUACCACCAUCACAUCCCUUGCCGCGUCUGCCACCUCUACCCCAUCUCAUGACACCACUACCUCGUCUGUCUCUACCCCAUCGCCUGCCACCACUGCCCCAUCUGCCUCUAUCCCAUCUCCUGCCACCAUUACCUCGUCUAUCUCUACCCCAUCGCCUGCCACCACUGCCCCAUCUGCCUCUAUCCCAUCUCCUGCCACCACUACCUCGUCUGUCUCUACCCCAUCUCCUGUCACCACUACCCCAUCUGCCUCUACCCCAUCUCCUGCCACCACUACCUCGUCUGUCUCUACCCCAUCCCCUGCCACCACUACCCCACCUGCCACCCCUGUCAUCACAACAACAAACCGAAACGGUGCCACUACAAAUCCUGCCCCGAGAUCCGCAUACCCCUUCGCCCCUGCAACUCGCCCAAGCUCCCUUGGCACGUACCCGAUCGUGACCAUCAGGCGCUCGACGACGAUCGCUGCGUGCCCUAUCUCCACCGUCAGCCGCCCGGGCACGUCGGCCUCGUCCUAUUCAGCUGGCAGUACCGGCACGAGUACUUCCGCCAGUACCAACAGCAGCGCGACCACCACGCCGUCGCCCAGGGUACCACGACACUCCAUUUCGAUGCCCGAGUUCAGGACGGCCAAAAAGGUCAGUGACGUCACAGAAUACCAGGAACGUCAUGAAGUAGUUCUGACGUCACAGAGUAGCAAUCACGCCGCCCUCACUUGGGCGCCCGGCCCCCGGUGGCAAGAACGUCACCCGCUGCCGUUGAGCCGCUUUGCGCACGGGAAGCCUACGUUGCAGGUGUUGCACGGAUAG